AUGUUUACCACCGGUGAGCUAGAGGGAGGCGCCGUGGUCGGUGCGGAGCUGGAGCGUCGCGGCUGCAGCCCAGACCAGCCCAGGCCAGGCCAGUGCCCACGCCGUGUGCUGGUCCCCCCGCCCUCCCUCGUCUUACAGCAGAGCUGCUCCUGGCUGCUGCCCCUUUGCGCCCCUGCAGCGUCGCGGCUGCAGCCCAGACCAGCCCAGGCCAGGCCAGUGCCCACGCCGUGUGCUGGUCCCCCCGCCCUCCCUCGUCUUACAGCAGAGCUGCUCCUGGCUGCUGCCCCUUUGCGCCCCUGCAGCGUCGCGGCUGCAGCCCAGACCAGCCCAGGCCAGGCCAGUGCCCGCGCCGUCUGCUGGUCCCCCCGCCCUCCCUCGUCUUACAGCAGAGCUGCUCCUGGCUGCUGCCCUGCCCCUUUGCGCCCCUGCAGCGUCGCGGCUGCAGCCCAGACCAGCCCAGUGCCCGCGCCGUCUGCUGGUCCCCCCGCCCUCCCUCGUCUUACAGCAGAGCUGCUCCUGGCUGCUGCCCUGCCCCUUUGCGCCCCUGCAGCGUCGCGGCUGCAGCCCAGACCAGCCCAGGCCAGGCCAGUGCCCGCGCCGUCUGCUGGUCCCCCCGCCCUCCCUCGUCUUACAGCAGAGCUGCUCCUGGCUGCUGCCCCUUUGCGCCCCUGCAGCGUCGCGGCUGCAGCCCAGACCAGCCCAGGCCAGGCCAGUGCCCGCGCCGUCUGCUGGUCCCCCCGCCCUCCCUCGUCUUACAGCAGAGGUGCUCCUGGCUGCUGCCCCUUUGCGCCCCUGCAGCGUCGCGGCUGCAGCCCAGACCAGCCCAGGCCAGGCCAGCGCCCGCGCCGUGUGCUGGUCCCCCCGCCCUCCCUCGUCUUUAAACGCUGGCGCAGCACCAGUAAGUCUGCCAGCGCACGGGCUGCACUGGUGAUGAAUAUUUCAUGGCCACACGGCGACACGCGCUCCCCUGCCAGCCGAAGCUGCACCCCCACCACACUACUGUGCGGAUCACCAGGGCUGCCCACUGCCCUGCAAGGUAGUAAGUAUGGCUACGUGGGAUAG